AUGAAUAAAAAUCAAUCAAGGAUGAUGCAUGUGAACGGGCACAAUCAAAACUCAUCUCAGGAAAUGGAAAUGAUGAAUACAAUUGACGAAGCUGAGCAGGCUUGGAAUGAGAUGUUGGAAUGCGAGACAGGAUCUCUCCUUGGGAGAGUAGCAGACCUCGAGAGACAGUCCUUGGCACAAAGGGACGAGAUUGUUUGUCUUCCAACCCAAAAUUCGGCUCAAAAGGAUGUGGUCAGAAACAGACAGACUAAUUCACCGUGCCUGAAAAAUUCAUCGUCUUCUGGAUCAAGUCAGGAUGUUAGAGAUUCUAAUGUUAAUUCUAGGAGGCCUGUUAGUUAUACUGCACCUUCACAAUUACCACAAAGGCGUUCAGUACACUAUCAAUCAACAAAUUCAUUGCACUCAGAUAGUCCUAGUAGCAGUAGUGUUUCUCCUGUGCCAUCACCAAGUCCUCGGGCAACUCCACUCCCAACUGCCAGCAGAUCUCCAACAACAAGGUUAUCAAAUGGACCACCUCAAAGCAGUCUGAGGCGCGCAAAACGUUGGUCAUCAACUGGUGACUUUAUUCACUCGCCUCAGUCGCCGAACUCUCAAUUAACAAGCUCCAGAUUAUCAACGUCGACCAAGUCACUGUUCAACCUGUUCAAGCCUCCAGUCCUGAACAACGUCAAGCAUGGCAAAUUGAAGCUAGACUGGGUGUAUGGAUACAGAGGAAAGGAUUGCCGUAGCAAUUUGCAUCUGUUGCCUACUGGAGAAAUCGUCUACUUUGUCGCAUCAGUGGUCGUCCUCUACAACAUGGAAGAGCACUGUCAAAGGCACUACUUGGGACACACUGACGAUGUUAAGUGUAUCGCCAUUCAUCCCAAUAAAUUAGUUAUCGCAACAGGUCAAGUUGCUGGACAUGACAAGCGAGAUGCUAUGUGCUCGGUAGACACGGUCGUGUGCGCAGACUGGCAUCCGUUGGAACGCAACCAGAUAGUAUCCUGUGGCAAAGGACACGUAUCAUUUUGGUCGCUUGACAAUGGUGGUAUGCUUUAUAAACGCAUGGGGGUUUUUGAAGCCAGAGAGAAACCAAGAUACGUAACAUGUCUGGCGUUUAAUCAAAAUGGUGAUGUCCUAACUGGUGAUAGCAAUGGAAAUGUUAUUGUUUGGGCAAGAGGAACGAAUACGAUUGCAAAUUUGGUAAAAAAUUUGCACGAAGGAUCAAUAUUCUCAAUUUGUGUAUUAAAAAGUGGAAACAUUGUCACCGGAGGAGGAAAAGACGGCCGUAUCCUAUACUUGGACAACUCCCUGCAGCAAACUGGCGAGGGAGCUCAAAUAGAAGACCAUUUCGGAGGAAUAAGAACCCUGUCAGAAGGCAGAGGGUCGCAGUUGCUGAUUGGAACCACGAGAAAUUGCAUUUUAGUCGGAGACACUGAGAUUGGAUUUUGUCCAGCAAUGCUGGGUCACACAGAAGAAGUUUGGGGUCUGGCUGCCCACCCCACGCUACCUCAGUUCGCAACUGCUGGCCACGACAGACUUCUUCAGAUGUGGGACAGCUUGAGUCACUCCGUGGUGUGGAGCAAAGACAUUGGCGAGCAGGCUCACAGCGUUUGCUUCUCACCUGACGGCAGUGUCAUGGUAGUCGGAUGUGUAUCGGGAAAAUGGCUGGUGAUUGAUAGCGAGUCCAGGGAAUUUUAUACUCAUCACAAUGAUGGAACUGAAGCCCUUCAAGUCGCUAAAUAUUCACCCGACGGUAUGCUUCUGGCUAUUGGGUCAAGGGAUAAUUGCAUUUAUAUUUAUCAAAUUAAUGAGACUGCUAAGAAGUAUAGCAGAGUUGGUAGAUGUAUGGGGCAUUCGAGUUUCAUAACUCAUCUAGAUUGGUCAGUAGACAGCCAAUACCUUAGAAGUAACAGCGGAGAUUACGAAUUACUCUAUUGGAAUCCUCGAGUAUGCAGACAAAUUCCGCAAUCAUCAAACUUAAGAGAUGUCGAAUGGGCUUCACAUACCUGUGUAAUUUCAUUUGAAACGAUCGGAGUAUGGCCAGAAGGUGCGGAUGGUACGGAUGUUAACAAUUGUACUCGUAGCGGAGAAGGAAAAUUACUAGCAACUGGAGAUGACUUUGGUAAAGUCAGACUGUUCUCAUACCCGGCAUGCCAACCAAAGUCACUUUCAUACACGUAUGGCGGGCACUCAAGUCAUGUAACAAAUGUUACAUUCCUUCACGAUGACACACGUUUAGUAUCAAUAGGUGGGAACGACACGAGCGUUCUCCAGUGGAUUGUGUCCUCUAAGACUCCAAACCAUCCGAAUCUCAACCCGGUUCAGUUUGCGUUAUCUAAAAAAUAA